UCCCUAGCCUGAGCUCGCUUUUUGCCGGACAUGUUCGACUCGCAUCGGUUUACCUACGGCGGUUCCUUCACCUCGCGAGCCUCCAGCUUCUCGGAGCUGCACCAACGACGAGUGGCUCCGUGUCGCUACAGGCUGUACCUGCAACGCCUGAAGUGGGCCACCAGCCUGGUGGACCAGCGCCCGCCGCUGCUGAACACCAAGACCCAGGGCGGCUUCAAUGUGCUGCAGCAGGAUGCCCGCAGCUUUCUGGAGCGGACCAACGAGAAUGUGCGCCUGCUGCUGAAUCUGUCGAGGAUCAAGCGCACCGGCGGCACCAUUGACUCCAUGGACGCCCCACCGCUCGCCUCCCGAUCGGCUCUGCCACUGAUGCUGCAUAGGCUGGACCUGGUGGAGCAUCAGAACCGGCUCUUGGGGCGCCGGCUCAUGAGGAUCCAGGGACGCAAACGUGCCGCGGCCCAGCGGAAAUGGCCCAAGAGGCCAUCUCUGACGAGCACCGCUGGCUGCCCCAGUGUGAUGACCAACCGUUCGGUGCUGGCCGAUAGUGAGGUGUUCACCAAGUACGACGGCUGGGACCUCCACCUGCCCAGCGACAACUACGAGCUGAUGAGGCUGCUGCGGCCCAGGAUUGUCCUCCAUUUCGGGCUGAUGGAUGGCCGUCCCUUGGGCCAGGUGGUGGUGCAGCUGUACACGGAGGCGGCGCCGCUGGUGGUGCUGCAGUUCGUCCGCACCUGCCUGGCCCAGAGGUCCCACGAGUUCGCCGUGCGCCGCAUCUUCCCGCACCUCUGGCUGGAGGGCUAUCUCCUGAGCAGCUGUAAGAACCAGUCGCGCCACAUGCCCUCCCUGCGAGAGCCCAUGGAGUUCGAUACGCGCGUGGUGAAUCACGGACGCUAUGGCUGUGUGUUGUCCUGCGCCAAGGAGUACUGUGUGCAUGGAUUCCCCGGCGGGGCCAUCAAUUUUAGCAUCAGCUUCAAGCCUCUGCCGGUGGCCAAGGGGCAGCGCGUGGGCUUCGGACGGGUGAUACGCGGCGACAAGGUCAUCGAGGCCAUGGAGGCACAUGGAACCAAGAAUGGCAAAAUCAGCCGGCCAUUGCUCAUCACCCACUGCGAUAUGGUGUAGGAUAAGCAUAGGGUUUUUGGGGAACUUCUUGUUUAACCCACUAGAGAACUUUAUCUUAUAAUAGAUGAUAAUCUGUGGGGUAAAACCAGAAGUUCUCCAAAGGUUCUUUUAAUGAUAUAGGGCUUCUGAUGAACGGAAAGAAACUGAAGGAAAUCACUGGUAUUACCUAUUUACUGUCUUGAAAUGUUUAGUUUUAAUAUUUGUGUUUAUGAAAAUAAAGAGUUUUUGGAGAGCUACUGGUUUGAAGCAUCAGAAAACUUCAUCUAAUAUUGGAUGAUACUCUGAGAAGUGAAACCAGAAGUUCUCUAAAAGCCUGUAAAAAUAAUAUGUGACUACUAAAGACCCAAAGAAAAUAUAGUAUUACCUAUUUAAUG